AAGGUGAGCUGCUGGCAGAAACAGUGUAGAGAACACGGGAUCGGUCUCCCCGCUCCUAGUGCCGACAUCUGAAUAGAGGAAGCCAUGAUGAUGCUAAGCCAGAGGAACAAACCGCUGCGUUGCAGGGAGGUGACCGGGCCCACCCCUCAUUCUGUGGCCGUGAAAGCCAAAUUUCCUUCUAGCAGGCCACAUGACUACAUCAUACUAGAGCGCAGGAGAAAGGAUGACCUGCGUGAGCAGAUGUUGGCCUUCAUCAAGGAGAACGAGUAUGGAGAUCUGAGGGACAAAUGGGAGCUGCGCACAGAUCACAAGAUACUGAACAACACGGUCCAGAGGAAGGUGAAUGACACAAUCGAGGAGUACCGGAUGCAGAUUGAGGAACGCAGAGACAGACUGAAGGCCUUGCUGGAAAUAGAGGAGCUGAAGUACAUCCAAGAGAUGGAGUCCAUGCAGGAGACCACUCUGGAGAGACAGGCUAAGAUGAGGGAGAGAGCCAGAAGCCUCAGAGAAAGACGAGAGAAGGACAGACUGGCUUUGGUGGCAGAAAAACGUGACCAGCAGUUCAGGGAGCAGUGUGAGGAGCUGCGGGCUCUAAAGUCACGGGUGCACCAGAAAGAGGUGUGUACGGAGAGGAUGGCACAGCUGACAAUGAAAGAGGAGCUGGAGAGACAGAGGAAGGAGGAAGAGGACCUGUUUGCUGAGCUCUGGGAGAGAGACCGCUUGGCCAAAGUGGAGAAUGAGGAAAGGAAAACCCAAAGGCAAAUGGAGCUGAACCGAGAAUUGCUGGACUUCCUCCAAGCCCAGAGAGCAGCUGCAGAGGCCCAGAAAAUGGAGGAAAAAAGGCUCAAAGAAGAAGAGGCCUACCUAUUGGCGGAACAGCGGAAGCUGAUGAAGAUGGAGGAUGAACGCGCUUUGCGGGAAAAGCAGCAGAAACAGUCUCGGGUCAGGACCAUGUUAGAUCAUUCCAUCCGCCUGAAGAUGAAGCGACUGGCUCGAGACCAGCAGGAGGAGUUAGCGCUCGACAUGAAGAUCAUGGAACAGAUCAUGCAAGACUCCCAUGAUGACACAGAGGAGAAGCGCCAGAGGAAGCUGGAGCUGCAUAAGGAACAGCAGAUCUACCGGCAGUACCUGGCCCAGCAGCUGGAGGAGGAGAAGAGACAGGAGAGGGAGAUGGACAAGCUGAUCGAGACUGAGCUGGAGAAGUCCUGGGCCAAGAGGGCCGAGCAACUGCGGCGGGAGAAGGAGGCCAGGAAUCGGCUGAUGAAAGAUGUCAUGGACACCCGGAGACUUCAAAUCCAAGAGAAGUUGGAACAAAAUGCCAGAGAACAGGAAGAUCUGGGCCGGGAUAAGGAACUCUUGGAAAAAGCCAUGGCCGAACACAAACAGCUCGAGAUGGAGAGGAAUGCCAGGAAGGCACAGACGGCCCAGCAGUACCAGCAGCAGCUUCUCUCUCAGGUGGCGUGCCACCAUCAGGUGCGGGAGGCGGAGAAGGCGGAGGAGCGCCGAGAGUAUGAGAAUGGAUUGCAGGCGGAGAAAUCAUACCAACAAAAGCUGCACGACAUCCUGUCCAGACCGUACGUCCGCCAGGAGCACAUCCACCCCUUGAGAAGGACGCGCCUCUCCAGCCCGAAAGACUGGCUGCCCCAAUAAUCUCACUCAGCCUAUCAAACUGCCUUUAAAGUGUAACUCCACCCCAAAUCUUUUUUUCU